AUGUUACUGGAUUGGUCUAAGCGCUACAACAGUAUCAAUGGGAUUGCUCGGGGACUUCUCUAUCUGCAUCAAGAUUCCAGACUCAGAAUUACCCAUAGAGAUCUCAAGGCUGGCAAUGUUUUACUAGAUAACAAUAUGAACCCCAAAAUUUCAGACUUCGGUAUGGCUAGAAGUUUUGGAGGUGAUGAAAUAGAAGCAAAUACAACUGGAGUGGUUAGAACAUACGGCUACAUAUCCCCUGAGUAUGUAAUGAAUGGAUUCUUCUCAGUAAAAUCUGAUGUGUAUAGCUUUGGUGUAUUGGUGCUUCAAAUAGUAAGUGGGAGCAAAAUAAGAGGAUUUUCUCAUCCAGACCACAACCUCGACCUCCUAGGACAUUAA